GAAUCUCUUUUCCGAGCCAUUUUUGUACUGAAUUCAAGCUCUGCAACUAUCACCCUUCUCUGGGCAUGCCUUCCUUUCCUUGAUUCAUCAUCACAUAUUUCAGAUAACUAAAACCCAUAUAAUCAAAAUCAUGUCUUUCACUCUCGAUCAUGCAUAGAUAGAUAGAUAGAUAGAUUAUGAGUGACUGACAUACAUUCAUGUUCUAUGGCAAACCCAUCCUUCUUCAUCUCCAUUCUUUUUCUUCUUCUUCUUCUUCUUCUCUCUACUACUUCAAUCUCACAGUCACUUCAACUAAUUCCAUCUCAAUCCCAAGCCUUACUCAAUCUCAGAAACCAUCUUAACUAUCCACAGUCUACUCUCACUAAUUGGAACGAAGCCACAGAUUUCUGCAAUUUCGAACCAAACCCAUCUCUCACCAUCGUCUGCUACGCAGAAAACGUAACCCAACUGCACAUUUCAGGGGUCAGUUGGUUUCAUCCACAUGACUUACCGCAGAACUUCUCCUCACAGUUGUUCUUCACUAACCUAGCUAAUCUCCCCAGCUUAAAGGUUCUUUCUUUAGUCUCUCUUGAUUUAUGGGGACCGUUGCCGACUUCAAUCGCGUCUCUUUCCUCCUUGGAGAUACUCAAUCUGACAUCAAAUUACUUCUCCGGCGACAUUCCGGUGGAAGUUUCAUCCCUUGUCAACCUUCAAACACUUGUUCUCGAUAACAAUAGAUUCAACGGUGAAAUCCCUGUUUGGUUUGCUUCUUUAUCUUCAUUGACUGUUUUAAGUUUGAGUAGCAAUUCAUUUCAUGGCUCUGUUCCACGUUCAUUGGCUAGAUUGCAAAACCUUAGAAUUCUGAAACUGGGUAUGAACAAUUUGUCUGGAGAAGUUCCUAAUCUCACCAAAUUGACUAACCUUCAGAUUCUGGACCUUGAGGAAAACGAAUUGGGUCCUCAUUUUCCUUAUUUGCCUAAUAAGUUGAUUCAUCUGGUUCUUAGGAAGAACAUGUUUGGAUUCAGCAUCCCAGAAAACUUAACCUCAUUUUACCAUCUUGAAAAGUUUGAUAUCUCCAUGAACGGUUUUAUUGGUCCAUUCAUGCCACAACUGAUGUCACUUCCUUCAUUGUCUUAUCUUGACAUCUCUGAUAACAAAUUAACUGGUUUCCUCUUUGAAAACACUUCAUGUGGCGACGUUCUUGAUUAUGUCAAUAUGUCGUCGAAUCGGUUAACAGGCGAAUUACCUACUUGUUGUUUAUCACAAAGAAUGGUUUUUCAGUAUGAUGGUAACUGUUUGAAUCACAGCCAUGGGCAAAAACAGCAUCCUUAUGUUUAUUGUCAUAAUGAGGCUCUGGCUGUUAACGUUACGCCAAGAGACCGGAUUAGGAAACCAGUUAGGACGGCGGUUAUUGUGUUGGCUUUAGUGGGUGGGGUCGGUUUUGGGCUUGUUUUGUGCAGUUUGUUGUUCGUGUUUGCUGGAAGAUUGAGAAGUGUGAAUUUGAUUAAGGCACCACAAACAAGAAUGAUUCUGGAGAGAGUAAAUCCUGCAAAUACAUUGAAGAUGCUGACAGAUGCUAGAUAUAUUUCUGAGACAAUGAAGAUUGGUGCUCUUGGCCUUCCUCCUUAUCGAACUUUUGUAUUGGAGGAGCUCAAGGAAGCUACUAAUGACUUCAGUUUGAUCAAUCUAAUUGGUGAAGGACCUUUUGGCAAGGUUUUUAAAGGUACACUAGCAGAUGGUACAAUGGUGGCUAUUAAGAGCUUGAAAAUGAAGAAGAAGCAUAGUACUCAAUUGUAUACGCGCCAAAUUGAGUCGAUAUCAAAAUUGAGGCAUUGUAACUUGAUUAGUGCCAUUGGUCAUUGCUUUGAAUGCUGCCCAGAUGAUUCAAGUGUCAUCACUGUGUAUCUUCUGUUGGAAUUUAUCCCAAACAGGACGACUCUCAGGGACUGUAUUUCUGAAAGAACUGUCGCACAAAAGUUCAGAUGGGCACAAAGGAUUGCUGCCGCCAUUGGAGUUGCUAAGGGUAUUCAGUUUCUCCAUACGAGAAUCGUGCCAGGAAUCUUCUCAAACAAUCUGAAGAUAACAGAUGUGAUGUUAGAUCACAAUCUAAUUGCAAAAAUAAGCACUUGUAACAUUCCCUUCUUGAAUGAAGAUAAGAGAAUGGUGGCUUCUGGAACUUCUUCUUCUGAAACUAAUGAGAAGAUAAGGGUUGGACAUGAGGACAAGAAGGAUAUCUAUGAUUUCGGAGUAAUUUUACUUGAACUUAUCAUGGGAAGGGCCAUUAUGUCUGCAAAUGCCAUUCUUGUUGCUAGGGACCUUCUACGAGUAAGCUUGAGAGCGGACGAUGUGGUAGGUCGAAGAGGUAUCAUUGACCCCUCGAUACAAAAAGACUGUUCAGACGAGUCGUUGAAGACAAUAAUGGAGAUAUGUUUGAGGUGCCUCUUAGACGAGCCAAGCAAUAGGCCUUCGGUUGAGGACGUUGUUUGGAACUUGCAAUUUGCAGCUCAAGUCCAAGAUUCUUGGAUGGUAGACUCCAAGAGCAGUUGUCAAGGAUCUCCCAACAUGUUAUGAAAAAGUUCCUCUCAGUUUAGGUGCUUUUUUUGUGUGCAUGAAUACACUCUGGUUUUAAUAUUUAGUUUUUAUGUUUCCUUAAAGAUAGGGACAAUUAGCUGUUCUUUGAAGUGGGUUGGUAUCUUUAGAAAAAAAGUUGGUUUGUAAGUCCCACUCAAGUAGUAUGUUAGGAUGAUUAUGGCACUUAUUUGGAUGUUUAAUUAAUAGUAAAAAUGUUGCUAGUAAUUUGUAACUUCUUUUGGCACACUUAUAUGAUCUGUUUUGAUGUAAUAACGAACCUCUUCUUCCCCACCA